UCCCACAGAAGAAGAAAAACAAGGCGCCCGGACGCCGCCUGCGUUCGCGAUGGUGUCGUAAGAGGCCGCCGUCAUUGAGGGCGAGCCCCGGUCGAGCCGCGCGGUGGGACGUCCCGCGGAAUCGGCGAUGCAGUGAAACCUGCGCCUGCGCGAAGGCGUUGAACACCGGGAUGCUGGCGACAAACGACGUCGGCAGAAGGAUCUCCAACAUGUCGGGCCGGCCCUCGCAGGACACCGUGGACAGCCAAGGAGAAAAUACUAUGGACGCCACAGACGAAAACCGGAUCAUCCAACCUCCGCCGGCGCCACGGAGACGGCGCGUGCGAUGCCUGCUGCCGAUGCUCUUGGCCAUGUUUGUGGUUCUCGUGGGCGUCCUUGCCACUCCAGUGGUCGUCUUUGUCCUCGACGGUAAAGGCUCCUAGACAUGGUGAAGAGCGGCUACAGAAUCGGCAGAAACCUCCUAAAAGCCAUUGGUGAAAGAGGUGGCUAUAUCGACUCGGAGCACUCGCGCGAGGACUGGAUGGGCUACUACACCCGGCAGAGGCUCAUGGCGAACAAGCAGUGCGUCUUCAGACAGUACGCCAGCAAGCGGGUCGCUGAGAGCCGCCUCAAGCUGAACGCCAACGCAACUGUUGACGAAGACAUGAUUGACGUCGCUAUGAUAACGCCGCUUCUAAGGUUCUACAGGAAGCUCAUCUACGAAAAGGCCUACCCUUUCCCCGACUACAGGCUGCAGGGCCUGCACCACGUGUCCUCAGACCAGCUUUUCUUCUACUCGUUGGCAGAGUCAUUCUGCGAGAAAACGACGCGCGAGGCGGUAGACGAGCUCAUCAACAAUGGCACCUUCAGCCCCAACAAGUACCGCAUCAACAACCCGCUGCGUAACUCCCAGCAUUUCACAAAGGCCUUCGCAUGUCCGGAGUCGAGCCAGAUGAAUGCCGGCCGGGAGAGCUGCGACUUCUGGUCCACAUUCCGCAAGGACUUCUGACCCAACCGGCGCCCCAUGAAAAAACGCCGUUGUACAGAAUACAACUGUGCCUCACACUUUCAGCCAGAUUUAACGCUUGUUCCCUCACGCAGUGUCUCAUAUCCCAAUACAGAUGCAAAGCUGGCAAGGCAGAAAAAAGAAAUAAAGGCAGGAACGGGGGUGAAAA